UGUUCUCGGUGAAAAGGGCUGUUUUUAAUGCUAAGAUAAAUUUCACCACAAACCUCAAAUUCAUUUUGUAAACACUGUGCCAAUUACAAAAUAAAAGCUGCAUGAAGCAUUUCACUUGUCCCUUGCAUAUUGCCUAAUUUUACCCCCAAAUUCAGUAGGCUAAAUACAGUGGCUUACAAUGGACAGCAUUGAGAAGAAAAAUUGAUAAUCUUCACGGACGAGUAAUUUGAAUGAAAUUACAGUUGACAAGCAAUCUCAAAGCAAACUAGGGAGUGAGGGAGUCUGUAAGCUAAGCUCUGAGGGCUUGCCUAAGCCACUGCUGUUGGAGCUUCCAGGGUUUUAAAUAUUUUACUGAGGGCUUUGUUGAAUUUUGUGUAGCAGCUUCAAGUCAAGACAAGCAACAAUGGAAGAGAAUAUGGAAGAAGGGCAGACACAAAAAGGGUGUUUUGAGUGCUGCAUUAAAUGCUUGGGUGGCAUUCCUUAUGCAUCCCUGAUUGCUACCAUCUUGCUUUAUGCUGGGGUGGCACUCUUCUGUGGCUGCGGACAUGAAGCCCUCUCUGGAACGGUCACCAUUCUGCACAACUACUUUGAGGUGGCAAGAUCUGCUGGGGACACCUUAGAUGUCUUUACAAUGAUUGAUAUCUUCAAGUAUGUCAUCUAUGGUAUGGCAGCAGCUUUCUUUGUUUAUGGGAUUCUGCUUAUGGUGGAGGGAUUCUUCACAACAGGUGCCAUUAAAGAUCUCUAUGGAGAUUUCAAAAUUACCACGUGUGGUAGAUGUGUUAGCGCCUGGUUCAUCAUGCUGACAUACAUCUUUAUGCUGGCCUGGCUUGGUGUCACAGCUUUCACCUCCCUACCAGUCUUCAUGUACUUCAAUAUCUGGACAAUUUGCCAGAAUACCACUGUUGUUGAAGGUGCCAACCUGUGCUUGGAUCUCCGUCAGUUUGGAAUUGUAACUAUUGGAGAGGAAAAAAAGAUCUGCACAGGUUCCGAGAAUUUCUUCAAGAUGUGUGAAUCAAAUGAGCUUGACCUGACAUUCCAUUUGUUUAUUGUUGCACUUGCUGGAGCUGGAGCAGCGGUCAUUGCUAUGAUCCACUACCUAAUGGUCCUCUCAGCCAACUGGGCUUAUGUGAAAGAUGCAUGCAGAAUGCAAAAAUAUGAGGAUAUCAAAUCGAAGGAAGAACAAGAGCUUCAUGACAUCCACUCCACUCGCUCAAAAGAGCGACUUAAUGCAUACACAUAAAAUACACGCUUGUUCUUAAAGUCCAUAUGUCACCUAUUUCACAUUACAAUCUGAUUAUAUUUUAUUAAACUACACUAUAAUCGUGUUCUAAAAAAAAAAAAAAUAUAUAUAUAUAUAUAUAUAUAUAUAUAUAUAUCAUUUAUACUUUUGCGCUGUAACUGUAAGAAAUGUACAGUCGUACAGCUUGUUUUGAGUGCUUCCGCCAAAAAGCCCUGAUUUCGAAUCUUGACAUCUGUGACGUCACUAGGGGAAACCACGAACCAUAAACCAUAAACAUGCAUGCAUAUGUCUAUGGCAUAAGCAAAACGAUCAUACAUACACUAUUUUGUGAUGGUUAAACUGUGUUAAAAAUACAUUUCACCUCAGAUAGGUACAAGGGAAUGCACUGCAUGAAAAAAAAGUACUGUAUUCAGUGAAAGUAAAAUGAGCGAGUUCGUCAGUGCACAAUGCAAUGAUCACUUCGGAACACGGAGACUAAAGCUUUUGUUUGUUGGUUUCUGGCAGGUACAAAUUGUAUUUUUCUCUUUUGUAAGACACUGGUACACAAGUUCACAAACACACGCAGACCUUUACAAAGACAGCUGUUCACGAAGACAAUCAUCAAGUGACCAUUGAUUCAUUUUCCCGACAACAGCGGAACCAUUUAGAAACUUAAUUAAAAACAAUAAUGUCAGAGUACUAUAAAUCAGUACAAACACAUUGCGUGCUGAAGAUUUCUGAUGCAGAAAUCAAAAGAAUAAAUCCACUCAUCCAGCUUUUUUAGGUAAGCUUUCGAUUUUCAGUUUUAUCUUUAAGGUAACGUUCAUAUGCACAUUACUGGGUAAGGGCGUCUGCCAAGAAAUAUUUAUCAUUACGUGCAGUUCACAAGGAGGUUAGGCCUAUUUCAUUUCACUAAAUCGAGGAAAGCAUAAGUGUGUGAAGUUGAAGAGCUGUACAUGACCAUGCAAGUCAUCUCGGCCCUGUAAUAUAAACAAUGCUUUAUUUUUUAAGUGGAUCGGAAACGGUAAACACUAUUUGCAAGAUAUAAACAGUACAACAAACCAAAUAUAGAACAACACUUUUUUUUUAUUUUUUGUAUUGCCAUAAAUGAACUGCUAGCCAGGGUUAAGAACAUCAUUCAGAAUUGCCAACCUGCAGACAAGGGGGCGUGUCGCUCGCAUUCCUCAUGCCAGCGUGAUUAUUUUCUCCUGCUGGAGGUUCUAAACAGCUCGGAAUCGGGCCUCAAACCACUUAUUCUUCCUCCCCACAAUUUCUUUCAUUACACACCACACUCCCGCUGUCCUUAUUGUAAUACAGAAAACGGUGGAGAAAUUCCUAAUGAUCACUUUCACAGUCUGAAGCCAUGUAUAUCUCUCAUCUGUUCCUGGUAUGUGUUCCCUUAGUGACGUCACGCCAAUUUCGUGCAUCAUCGGUGCAUUGUUGGUCUUUUCAGGAAUUAUUGACAGUUUUACGAUAGUCUCUUGGUGCUCUAAAAUUGAUCAUGGGGAUUUGUAUGACCCCAAAGCCAAAAAAUGAUUUUCUAUGUGAGAUAUGGACUUUAAGUUCCUGCUUUUUCUUUCUUCUCGGUUAACUUUUCUGAACUAUUGUAAGGGUUUUGCCAUAUAAAGAUGGUCUGGGGGACAUAACACUCACUACAUUUUUGAGGAUAUCCCUUUACCUUUAUUUGGGGGUUAUUUUUUAUUUGUAAUUUAAAUUCAGAUCAGUUUAGUUUUUAACUUAGUAAGUUUCUAUCUUAAUUAUGUUAAGUUGUCAUUGCUUUACCACUUAACAUUCAAUGUCACUGUAUUUAUUUGGGGGGAGGGAGGAAGGACUAUCACUUUUUUUCCAGGUGUUGACUUCUAUACUCAUUUUACAGGGCUUCAGAUAAAAAUGCCUUGUCGUUUUAAAUUACCAGACAGUCCAACAUUUACCAGACAUACAUAGAUUUGUAUCAACUAGUGCCAGUUUUUGACGAUAAAAGUGCUGUACCACAGUACAGUAUGAAGAAUAUGUAGCUUUUCCUUCAGACAAUAUAACCUAAAUAUAAUUUCACAAAAUGUCAUAGCUUAACCAAAAUGUUUGAAGGACUGGGUAGUUAAGCCAGCUGUGCAAAGUGUAAUUAAUUUCAACAUUGCUAUAAAAGGGACUGAACAAAUCAUAACCCAUUACAAAGAUGAUAAAGAUGCUAAGUUGAUACCUGCAACAAUGAUCAUUUGGGUAUGUUUUAAUGGAUGAGCUUUUUGGACAGACUCUGUCAAUGAUUCAUUUGUUUUAGUUCAUUGCAAGCCAUAAUUACACAUGCAAAUAACCUUUUUUUUAUAUAUUUUUAUUCUAUCUUGAGCCAGUAUUUUUAAAUGCAGUCAGUCAUGUGGAGUAAUUUUAUUUUUGGUAAUUCCAUAGGAGCUUACUACAGAAAACACGCUUAUCCCAAUUAAUGAUGUUACUGUGAUGCUUGCAAAAGACAUUAAUCUCAGUUUAAAAACAUAUUAAACUAAACAAACAGAGAGAAUACGUGAAUAUCCCACUUAAAGGGGGGGGGACCUGUUUCAAGGAGAGUAAAUUAUUUUGACCUACUCUCUUGUUAAUUUACAUCUCAGGCUGAAACAAGGCUUUUAAUUAGCAAGACAGUGUAGUCUAAACUAAUGCAUCAUGAGAGAUUGGGUUUUACAAUGGUAUGCCCCAAAAAGAUGUCCUUAUCUAACAUGUUUUUGUUUUAUGUACAGUGCCUUGCAUAAGUAUUCACCCCCCUUGGACUUUUCCACAUUUUGUAGUGUUACAACCUGGUAUUAAAAUGGAUUUAAUUGGGAUUUUUACCAUUUGAUUUACACAACAUACUUAACACUUUGAAGGUGCAAAAUAUUUUUUAUUGUGACACAAAAGUUAAUUAAACAAAAAAAAAGACAUUUCUUGGUUGCAUAAGUAUUCACCCCCCCCCCCCGAGUCAAUACUUGGUAGAAGCACCUUUGGCAGCAAUUACAGCUGUGAGUCUUUUUGGGUAAGUCUCUACCAGCUUUGCACAUCUGGAUCCUGCAAUUGUUGCCCAUUCUUCUUGGCAAAAUUGCUCAAGCUCUGUCAAGUUGGAUGGGGACCAUUGGUGAACAGCAAUUUUCAAGUCUUGCCACAGAUUCUCAAUCGGAUUGAGGACUGGGCUUUGACUGGGCCAUUCUAAGACAUUCAGGUUCUUGUUUUUAAACCACUCCAGUGUGGCUUUGGCUGUUGUUUUGGGGUCAUUGUCCUGCUGGAAGGUAACCUCCGCCCCAGUCCCAGGUCUCUUGUAGACUGAAACAGGUUAUCCUCUAGAAUUUCCCUGUAUUUGGCUCCAUCCAUCUUGCCCUCAAUCCUGACCAGUUUCCCAGUCCCUGCCGAUGAAAAGCAUCCCCAUAACAUGAUGCUGCCACCACCAUGCUCCACCGUGGGGAUGCUGUUCUCAGGGUGAUGAGCAGUGUUGGCUUUGCGCCACACAUAGCGUUUUGCGCUAAGGCCAAAAAGUUCAAUUUUGGUCUCAUCAGUCCAGAGAACCUUUUUCCACAUGUUUGCUGUGUCUCCCACAUGCCUUUUGGCAAAAUCCAAACAAGAUUUGAUAUGGGUUUUUUUCAGCAAUGGCUUUCUUCUCGCCACUCUUCCAUAAAGCCCAGUUUUGUGGAGCAUCCGGGUUAUAGUUGUCCCAUGGACGGUUUCUCCCAUCUCAGCUGUGGAUCUCUCCAGCUCCUUCAGAGUUACCAUUGGCCUCUUGGUUGCUUCUCUGACUAAUGCCCUCCUUACCUGGUCACUGAGUUUUGGUGGACGGCCUUCUCUAGGCAGUCUCGGUUGUGCCAUAUUCUUUCCAUUUUUUAAUAAUGGAUUUAACGGUGCUCCGGGGGGAUGUUCAAAGUUUGGGAUAUUUUUUUAUAACCCAACCCUGAUUGGUGCUUCUCCAGAACUUUAUCCCGGACUUGUUUUGAUAGCUCCUUGGUCUUCAUGAUGCUGUUUGUUUAGAUAUGCUCUCUAACAAACUCUGGGGCCUUCCAGAAACAGGUGUAUUUAAUCUGAGAUCAUGUGACACUUUAAUUGCACACAGGUGGACUCCAUUCAACUAAUUAUGUGACUUCUGAAGGCAAUUGGUUGCACCAGAGCUUAUUUAGGGGUGUCACAGCAAAGGGGGUAAAUACUUAUGCAAUCAAGACUUUUUAGUUUUUAAUUUGUAAAUAAUUUUGAAAAAUAUGUAGAUUUUUUUUCCCCACUUCGACAUUAUGGACUAUUUUGUGUAGAUCAGUGACAAAAAAUCCUAAUUAAAUCCAUUUUAAUUCCAGGUUGUAACACUACAAAAUGUGGAAAAGUCCAAGGGGGGUGAACACUUAUGCAAGGCACUGUACUGUACCACUUGUCCGUAAUGUUAUUUGUUAAUUUGACUACAAUUGUAUGAACUUGACUGGUAGCAGAGAAUGAAUGGUAUAGCAGAAGUUUAGUUAAAAUUCUGAAUCUUAAUACCGAAUAAAAGGUCUACACCGAAUAGAACUCCUGAUUUUUCUUUGUUUAGGAAUAUCCAUGGGUUAUAAAGCUGUGUGUUAAACUGUUUAACAGAAGACAUUAAAUGUCACUGUAGCACGAAAGCGUCAAGAAUGAGACUCAGAGGUUAGAAACUACAGUUAUUAAAAUGCUGUUGGUGCACAUUUAUUAACAAAAUAAACAAAACAAACACAAGAACAAAACAACUGGCACUAGGGCCAAAAUAAAAGGUUCACACAAAACAAAACAAUACUUAUGUCUUGCUGGGCAUUCGCCUUCACAGACCAAAACAAAAAGGCUAGACUCGCCUAACUACUCACCUAAGUCCUCUCAAAACACUUUCCCAAACAAAGGAUUUUCUCCCCUUAUAUCCCAUGUGGCUGGAGUCUAAUUAAUCAUCAAUCAUUCAAUUAAGACUCAAGCCACAUUCUCACAUGUAUGCUGGCAAGGAGGAUUUUAACCCUCUCCCUGCCAACCCUAUAUAUAUAUAUAUAUAUAUAUAUAUAUAUAUUAUAUAUAUCUCAGACUUGUAGGGCUUGAGUCCGGGACUCGGACUUGAGUCGUGUUUUUCGUGACUCAGACUGCAAAAGACUCAGACUCGACUCGGAUACGGCCUUGUGUGCUCGGAUUGGGACUCAGACUCGAACAAUCGGGCUCUGUGACUCGGAGAUAUUAAUGACAAGUCCUUUUUUAUUUUCUAUUACACAAAUAAUAUUAGAGUUACUAGGAAACCUGUGCACAAUAAAACACACCCAACAAAACAUUAUACAAUCACUGGUUAGCCCUGUUGUCAUAGUAAGAAUACGAAAGUGGAAGCGAGUUAGGUUGCAGCAUAAACAACCCCUCCCCCACAUAAAUCCAACUGCAACCAUAGCAGACCCAAGUUUUUUUUCCCCUUUUUUGCGUUAAGUUUUAUAAGGAAUAAAUAAUGUCAGCAUGGUAAACAAGUACGUUAUUAUUUCUCUUUACUACUUUAAACUGUGUUCUAAUACAUUUCUAAAACGGCAUUCUUGAAAAAUAUGUAAUUUGAUUUUCCUGAACUCCUUGAAUCUCUGGAAUAUAAUUUAUUUGUUUGCACUGAAAACAAAAGAACAUUGGUCACCUUAAUAAUUUUGAGUUUACUGAAAACAAAAAUGAAUGAAAAAAGAAUAAUCAUAUAAGUUAUAAUCGUACUUUUAGAGCUUCUUAAUUCAUAUCAGAAAGUCGCCGUGUGAGUAAAUAUUCUGUGCUUUGCUUCUAAUCUCCACUUGUUCCCAGCACACGCCAUCACUGUUUGCAAACGACAUCAAUUAAUUCACAUGGCAAAUUCAGUGUAAAACUACGCACUAAAGUUUCAAAUCGAAAAUUUCCUACCGUCAAACAGGCAGAUAUAUCAGACUGAUAUGACAGAAGGACUGCUUGAUACCAAAAAAAGAACGACAGAAUAACUUAAUACCACUUAAUUUACCAAAAUGAAAAUAAUAUAUUAUGGAUGCGGGAAAAACACAUUAACAAUACGCUGUGAAGCGUCAACCUAGAAAUCUGUCUGUGUGGACUUCAUGUUUUCACUCUAUUAUGAACCUACACAAAGGGGAAAUACAUAAAUAUAAUGUUUUUAUGUAGAGAAAAGAUAAAAAUACAUUAUCAUAAAUCAAAUUAACUGAAGCACAAAUCUAAACAACUUCCGCUAAGAAAGCAAGGAAUCGCCCAUUCAAAUCUGGCAUGGUAUGCUGUUUUCGGUCUUUUACAUCUUUUUUCAUCAAAUUUAUCAUAUUUAUCAUAUAUUUAUCAUAUAGUCUUUUACAUUGUUUUUAAUGUAUGCAAAUAUUUAUCAUAUGCAAUACAUUGGGUCUUGUACAUUUAGUAUAAGUAAUUAACGGUAAAUGUACCUGUUUUUGACAAUAGAAAAACACCCAUCAGAUCGCAAUUGAUUGCACCUGUACCAAAAUCUGACAGCACACUACUUGCAAUCUGAUGAUGUACUACUUUCUAACACUACACUGGCUCUAUAGUCCAGAUCACGGCUUAAAUCAAAGUGAAAAACAACAUCCACAAACUUGAGCUUAAAGCUUAUCUAUAAACUUCAGGUAAAUUCAAACAGUAUUCCAAUUCCAAAAGAAAAGAAGAUAGUGACAGACAAGUUGAAAUAGGCAGCAAAUAAAAUAAUCUAGCUAGAAAAAAUAAAUCUUUUAUUUUUUAUUAUUUGUGCAUUCUUUCUGAGGGAUAUCGGACAGCGGUCAUUAGCUAAACUGUUCCCCCACUACUACCACUAGUUGAAUAAAAAUUGAUUUGAGUUUGUUUCAAGGACUCGGACUUGGACUUGGACUCGGACUGGGACGGUCUCGAAUCAUAGUGACUUGGACCCUGAUGACUCGACUACAAGUCUGAGAUUAUAUAUAUAUAUAUAUAUAUAUAUAUAUAUAUAUAUAUAUAUAUAUAUAUAUAUAUAUACACACACACUAUUUACAUUUUGGGCUUUCACCCUGCCAGUCAAAAAAAUAAAAUAUUAUCCUUAAUUCUGGACCAAACUUGGUGUUUUGGAUCUGUGUUGCCUAUUUAUACUGCUCUUGGUUUUGCAGUACGGUGUCUAAACUUUGUAGCCUGACAAUUCUUGUUUUGUCAGUGUUUCAAAAGCUAGUUUUGUGCACUUAUUGAACCAUUGUGAGCUCUUGAUCAGUGUUAGUGCAUUUCUAUUAAAACCAGAGUUAAACUCUACUGUUACUUGUCAUGCAACAUUGUUUUUUAACAAAUCUUGUAUUAGGUAAAGACUGAAUAUUGUUGUUAUUUGUGGCAUGGUUAUGCAUUAAAUGGUAAUAGUUUACUAAUUUCAAUUUUUUUUUUUUUUUUUUUUUUACACUUAGAGACUGUCUUGCUGAGUCAACUGUUGUAUGAAAUGUGCGGUAUUACUGUUCCUUCGCUAACAGUAUUAUGCUUAAUCUCUUUCUGCUAUUAUUAGGUUGUAGUGAUUGACUGGUUUCUUUAUAGUUUGUGAUGAUUUUUAAACCAUGUCUUAUAUUGAUAACUGUAAUGAUGUUAAGUAUUCAAUAUUAACCUGAUGAUGCUUUUGGCGUAUCCUUGUAUAAGUAUUUUGUACUUCCACAAACAAUGCUUUGUAGCUGGCUGUAAAAUGAAUCUGAUUUGUACAUAAAUGUGCCAACAGCUUGACAGUUGCUUUUUUUGAACUGUAGGAACAAAUUGCUUGCAUAAAUAAAAUACACUUGUGUACUUGUUAUUAA